UUCAAGCUUUGGCCAAUUUCGAUAGCGGCUGCAAAAUCAGGGAAAGAUAUCAAGCAUGGAGUUCGAGGGAAUUCUAUUGGGGAUGGGAAAUCCACUGCUCGAUAUUUCUUCAGUUGUCGACAAUGAUUUCUUAAACAAGUAUGAAAUCAAGUCGAACAAUGCAAUUCUGGCAGAGGAAAAACACUUGCCUAUGUAUGAAGAAAUGUCAUCCAAGUACUCUGUUGAAUACAUUGCUGGAGGUGCAACUCAGAAUUCGAUCAGAGUUGCUCAGUGGAUGCUUCAAAAACCUGGUGCCACCAGUUACAUGGGUUGCAUUGGAAAGGACAAAUUUGGGGGUGAAAUGAAGAAGCAUGCAAAAGAAGCUGGUGUUAAUGCUCACUAUUAUGAGGAUGAGAAUACUCCGACAGGUACUUGUGCUGUUUGUGUGGUGGAUGGAGAAAGGUCACUUGUUGCCAACUUGUCAGCUGCAAAUUGCUAUAAGUCGGACCACUUGAAAAAACCAGAAAAUUGGGCAUUGGUUGAAAAGGCCAAGUACUACUACAUUGCUGGAUUCUUUCUCACCGUUUCCCCAGAAUCCAUUCAACUCGUUGCUGAGCAUGCAGCUGCAAAAAACAAGGUUUUCACGAUGAACCUUUCUGCACCAUUUAUAUGUGAGUUCUUCAAGGAUGUACAGGAGAAAGCUUUUCCGUAUGUGGACUAUGUCUUUGGAAAUGAGACAGAAGCCAGAACUUUCUCCAAAGUUCAUGGUUGGGAGACCGACAAUGUCGAAGAAAUAGCUCUGAAGAUCUCCCAGUGGCCCAAGGCAUCUGGAACGCACAAGAGAAUUACUGUAAUCACCCAGGGUGCUGAUCCUGUUGUUGUGGCUGAAGAUGGGAAAGUAAAACUGUUCCCCGUUACACAGUUGCCAAAAGAGAAACUUGUUGACACCAAUGGUGCAGGCGAUGCAUUUGUUGGAGGGUUCCUCUCACACUUGGUCCAAGAAAAACCCAUUGCAGACUGUGUUCGAGCCGGUGUUUAUGCUGCAAAUGUCAUAAUCCAGAGAUCUGGCUGCACCUACCCUGAGAAGCCAGACUUUCAAUAGGCACUUCACACUUUCUUAAUCCCAGUUUUCCUAAAAAUUUUCGGGUUAUUUUUCUGUACUUCUAUUUAUUAUGGUUGCUUUCCUAUCAUCUUUAUACAGCGGAUUUCAUAGUUGCCAUUGGAAUAUUUAUUUUUGUUGAUUCUGCAAUGAUUUACAUUUUACAGUGGUGAUUAUUAAUUGCUUUGCUUGCGGCUUGAAGUAAUUUGUUAAUCCAAAACAUGAAUGUCUAUUUCUA